AUCGCGAAGGUUGGACGUGCGCGCGGCUGUUUACUACGAAAUCGUUCAGAGCGUUUUCCUCACCGUGAAAAUUCAGUAAUUUCUGUGUGUUAAAUGAAAAUGUGCAUGAAUUGUUAAUAAAACGGUUCGCGAAAAUAGCUGUUAGCACAGAACAUCACCAAAAUACCAAUGAAAAUACUUUUUAAAUAAAAAAAUUACUAAGUUUGUAAAAACAGAACGUUAACCGUUAAUGGUAUUUUGCAAAUACAAAAAGAUAAAUCACAACCGAAAUAUAUAAACGUUUUGACAUGAAAAAUCAACUAAUCUGCAAAUAGUUAAAUAAAAUAUUUAUUGCGAAAAACCGUCCCGGUGCAGUAAAAAAUUUGAAAAUCACACAAAAAAAAGUAAUUCGCCAGAACAAAAGUGUAAUGUAGAGUUCAACGAAUGUGAGCGCGUAAAUCAUGAAUUUAAAAGUGAAUUGGAUAAACACCUCCUAAAAUCCAAAGCCAAAACUUUCAACUGUGCAAAAAAGUACGCACGUACAAAAAACUAAAUUUUUCUCUCGUAACCAACUCCAAAGCUUAUAAACACACAUCGCUAGCAUGGAGGACGAACUACGCUGCCCGACAUGCAAACAACUCUUCGCCAAUCCGGUACUGCUGCCCUGCUUCCACGCCCUCUGCCUGGGUUGUGCGCUUGACAUACAGACCGCCUACACGCCCGCCUCGGCCUUGGCCGCCAUCAAUGCCGGUGCUGGUCUCGUCGCGAAUGGCAACAUAAACGGCGGCUGUCUGGUACACUCGCAUCCAGUGCAUGGCGCAGCAGCUCAUGGUAACAGCGUCACUACCACCGCUACAGUACAUUCACACGCUGGCGUUGGUGCGCCCGCAGCACCAUCCUCACAUCCUUCGUCGACACGUCACUCAUCGAACAGCUCAGCCGCCAGCACUGCCAGCUCGGCCACAGGCAGCGAAAGUGUUACAUCCGAUCAGGACCAGGCAGACAAGGUGAGCAUCUUGAGUGAAGCCGACUCCGGUGUAGUCUGCUGCUCGAAUACAUCACGUCCGGUUUCGUACGCCGGCACCGCACAGUUACAGGGCCUGUUGCAGGGCGCUGCUGCUGCGCCACCUGGCGCUGCUUUUUAUCUCACCUGUCCGCUCUGCCGGAAGCUGGUGUUCUUCGACGAGGGUGGCGUGCGUAAUUUGCCCGCCUAUCGCACCAUGGAAUCGAUUGUUGAUCGCUUUUGUGCACGCGAAGCUCUGCGCUGCCAAAUGUGCGAGACAGAUCCGAAGGUGGCGUCCACUGUGUGCGAACAAUGCGAGAUACGCUACUGCGAUGCAUGUCGGGAGCUCUGCCAUCCGGCACGUGGCCCGCUGGCCAAACAUAAUUUGAUGAAGCCGCGUAAUUGCGCACCACAAAGGGAGUCGGUCUGCGGUGACCAUGGAGAUACGCUGGCAAUGUACUGCUUGGUGUGCAAGAUGCCCGCCUGUCCACAGUGCAUCGCCGAGAAACAACAUCCCGGACACGAGGUGCAGUCCAUCAGUGUCACUUGCAAGGCACAAAAG